AUGUCGAGGCGCAAGCAGGUGAAACCACAACAUGUCAACUUGGAGACGGACCAGGGAGAGAAGCAGCUGCAGCAGCUAGCUCCAGACUUUGCAGAUGUGGCCCCAGUGGUGCCCACUGCGAGGGAGCCGUGUGCUCCAAUGAACCACCCGGAGACUGGCGAUGACAUGAAUGGGGACCAAGUGAAGGCAAAGAGGCUUCGUCGGGAGGAGUCACACAUCUGUGAGAUAUGCUGUGGAGAGUUCUUCAGCUUCUCUGAGUUCUCAGAACAUAAAAAAAAUUGCACUAAACAUAUACCUGUCUUUAUCAUGAAUGACAGUGAGGGACUGGUGCCUUCAGAAGAUGUGAUCAGGGCUGUGGUGAGCCAUCAGCCACACAGUGCAAGCAGUGAGGACAGUCACAAAAAGGAUGGUGGCAACUCAUUGGACAUGAAGAAAAAGCCAUGGGUGGACUCUCUUCUGUACUCAAAGAUGAAGACUGCCCAGCCACCCACACCCCAAGACUUAAGCUAUUUACCCAAAGGCGGAGUGACCAACACUAAUGUCACUCUUCAAGCACUACGGGGCACCAAGGUGGCGAUGGAUCAGCAGAGAGCCCCCAUGCUGCCUGCCCCCCUGCCCACCCCCAUGCCCACCCCCAUGCCCAGUGACAACAGCAUUCCAUGGGUUCUAGAGCAGAUCCUGUGUCUGCAGCAGCAGCAGCUACAGCAGAUCCAGCUCACUGAGCAGAUCCGUGUCCAGGUGAACCUGUGGGCCACUCAUGCUUUCCACUCCAGUGUGGCAGGAGCUGCCACCCUGACGUCCUUAGAUAGCCACAUGUCCCAGCAGGUCCAAGGUCCAUCUCUGGACUCCUUGAAACAAGCAACGCUACCUCAUGAAAACAUCUCUUCCACUACUGGCUAUGCAUCCCCAGGGCUGGGAUCCCUCGCCCUGAGACCAGGUGGAUCCAGAGUGCCCCCUAACCACCUCCCAGGUGCUUUGAUAUCUCAGGCCUCAGGUUCUGUGGUCUUCCAGAGCCCUUUCUCUACUGUGGCAUUAGAUCCGUCCAAGAAAGGCUUGAAGGGAAAGCCACCCAAUGUGUCCCCGGUGUAUGUCAAACCCCAAAACCAGGCCACCCUCUACAGGUACAAGUGUAAGUACUGCAGCAAGGUUUUUGGGACUCGUAGCUGCUUGCAGAUCCAUCUCCGGUCCCAUACUGAAGAAAAACUCUUCAUGUGCUCGGUCUGUGGCCACUGGUUCACCACCGAGGACAGCCUCAAAGUGCACUUUCAUCAACAUUUCCAGGUGAAGGCAAACCCCCAGCUGCUUCACAAGUUCCAUGAUAAAAUAGCAACAGGCAUUGGUGUCCCCUAUGCACUUUCUGUACCUGACCCCAUAGAUGAAUCGAGUCUCUCUUUAGACAGCAAACCUGUCCUGGUCACGGGGAUCCCCAAUGUAGGGCUACCUCAGAAUCUUUCUUUGGGGGCUAAUCCCAAGGACCUAAUGGUUGGCCCAUUAGCCAAUGAACUGCAGCCCCAGCCUUCUCCAGAAAGUAAAGAUCGAUCUCUACUCUCUGGGAUGGGGCUAAACCAUAAUUCCCCAAAGGUUGGUGGCUUCCAAAGGAGAGAGAAGCCUGAGCCAGGGUCAGAGACCCUGAAGUUGCAGCAGCUGGUGGAGAACAUUGACAAGGCCACCACCAAGCCCAACGAAUGUCUCAUUUGCCACCGUAUCUUAAGCUGUCAAAGAUCCCUCAAAAUGCAUUACCGUACCCACACCAUGGAGAGGCCAUUCCGGUGUAAUAUCUGUGACCGAGCCUUCUCCACCAAAGACAAUCUGAAGACACACUUCGGGGUUCACAGAACCAACACGUCCAUAAAGACGCAGCAUUCGUGUCCCAUCUGCCAGAAGAAGUUUACCAACGCGGUCAUGUUGCAGCAACAUAUUCGGAUGCACAUGGGUGGUCAGAUUCCCAAUACACCCCUGCUGGAGAGUCCCUGUGACUUUACAGGUCCCCAGCUGAUGAUGGUUGGUGAGAAUGGCAGCACAAGUACCACUUGUCACAAUGACGUUGUCAAAAACAUUGAUACAGACAAAAUUGGCUCCCAGGAUGCCCCCAGCAGCUCCCCUAAGGUCCCUAUGCCUCUUCCCAGCAUCCACUCGGCAUCAUCCAUGCUAGGGUUCUCCGUGAUGACCCCGUUAGAUGCCCCAGGGAAAGUGGGUCCUGAUGCUGUGGUCCUGCAGCAGCAGAACAGCAGAGGAAAUGGUUUGGUGGAGAGGGGUUGCUUGACCAACAACUCGUCGUCUUCAGUGAUGAAAGACCAGGAGUAUCAGAGCCAAAGUCCUGAUAUCCGGGAGAUGACGUCCUUUCAGGCCCUCUCCCUAGCAAAUAGCCAAGCAGAAAGCAUCAAGUCCAAGUCUCCCAAUGCUGGUGGCAAAGCAGAGAACUCAGAGAAUAGCCACACUGAGGUGGAAGGUUGUAGCAAUCUCCCAUCAACAUUUGUCCACGCCCAGUCAACCUAUGUCAAAGUUGAAGUUCCUAGUGCAUUUGGACUCACAACCAUAUCCCCAGGUAUGGCACCUUUGUUAGCAGCCCCGCCAUGCCAACAAGGCAAGCAACACGGCUGCACACAGUUUGGGAAGAAUUCAUUGGCCAGUGCUCUUCAGAUUCAUGAGAAGACUCACACUGGAGAGAAGCCUUUCAUAUGUAACAUAUGUGAACAAGCUUUUACCACCAAAGGCAGCUUGCAGGUCCAUUAUAUGACACAUGGGGCCAACAACAGCUCUGCACACUGUGAAAGAAAGCUGGCCAUUGAGAACACCACGACUCUGUUAGGAACAGAUGGAAAAAAGCUCCCUGAAAUGGACCCCCAGGAAAUCAUGAGCCCUUCAGUGAAUGUUGACCCUGUUGUGUGGGACCAGUAUACCCUCAUGCCCACUGGUGGUCUGGCCAAGACAACCAACAAGAUCUCAGUGAUCCAGCGUGUAGGUAUUCCUACUCUCCCGGUUUCCCUGGAGGCCAGCUCCAUUGUGAAUAACACCAUUGUCUCCAAGAUAGAUGGCUCUCAGCCAGCUACUAGUGCUGAUGUGGAAAAGCCAGGUGCUGCUGACAGCAUUCUCAAACACCAGUUGCCUCAUUUACUGGAAGAAGACAAGGUUUCGGUCAGCUAA